AUGUCAUCAGUAAGUAAAGUUAUCAAUACUAAAUUAGAUUGGGCUAAAAUCAUAAGCACAUUAGGCUUAACUGGUCAAACUGCUUCUUCAUUAACUGCAUUCAAAAAAAGACACGAUGAAGCCAAGAAAGAAUAUUUAGCAUUGACUUCAAAAUCAACCGAAGUUGAUUUCGAAACUUACAGAACUAAAUUAUCAAACACUAAAGUUAUUGAUGAAAUUGAAAGUAAAGUCAAAAGUUUCAAACCAGUCACUUACGAUGUUUCCAAAACUUUAAAAACCAUUGAAAUGUUCGAAUCAAAAGCCAUUGAAAAUGCUAAAUUAACUGAAAAAUCAGUCAUUGAUGAAAUCAAUCAAUUACAACAAUCAUUGAAAGAUAUGGAAAGUGCUAGACCAUUUAAUGAAUUAACUGUUGAUGAUGUUGUUAAAGCUAAACCAGAUAUCGAAGAUAAAGUUGUCUACAUGGUCAAGAACGGUAAAUGGGAAGUUCCAACUUAUAAAGAAAAAUUCGGUGAUUUAACCGUUAUGUAA